UGUGUCCUAUAUUGUUCCCCUAAUAAAUUCACAGUCUUCAACUAACCAAUCUCCAACUAGUACAGAUCUUACACCCACUAGUCAUUCUACAGGUGAUGGUUUUGCUUCUCCUUCAGGUGAAACAGUCUCUCAAGACCCGGUGCACUGGCUUCCUGCUCUAGAAUCUUCUGUAUCUGUGGUCUUACCUCCUGAUGAUCAAUUUCCCAUCACUAUUCACAAAGGGGGAGUCACUUGCAGAUCCUGGGAGAUAUCGAAGACUCGUUGGAAAACUUAAUUAUCUCACCAUCACACGACCAGAUAUUUCUUUUGUUGUCAGCGUGGUAAGUCAAUUCCUUCAGUCUCCAUGUGAUAGUAAUUGGGAUGCAGUUAUUCGGAUUUUGAGGUACAUUAAGAGAACACCUGGAAAAGGAUUGGUAUACGAGGAUAAAGGGCAUACUCAGAUCGUUGGGUAUUCAGAUGCUGACUGGGCAGGUUCUCCAUCUGACAGACGUUCUACUUCUGGGUGUUGUGUAUUAGUUGGAGGAAAUCUAGUAUCAUGGAAAAGUAAAAAAGCAAGAUAUUGUUGCCAGAUCUAACGCAGAAGCAGAAUAUCGUGCUAUGGCCUUAGUCACUUGUGAGCUUAUCUGGUUAAAGCAGUUGAUCCAAGAAUUAAAGUUUACAGAAAUAUCACAAAUGUUAUUAUUUUGUGAU